AUGAAGUCUACACAGAACCUACGAUUUCUCCUUGAAGUUGACAUUGACGUGUCCAGCCUGGGUGUAGCUAACGAUCUAAAAAAUAUUGUGGCCAAUUUCAGCUAUCCGUUACUAGUGCAAAGUAAUAACAUCACAGAUAUUGAUGUGUCAACUGUAUGUCAACCAAACAACACCGGAUACCAGUGCACAUGUGAAGAGGACUAUUUUUUAUUUUAUAACACCUGUGUUACCUAUGGUGUUUGUGACAGCAUUAUCAAUCAGACAUGCGGAUGUAUUAAUUCCCUUCCAGUCAGCGUACCACUGUGUCAAAAAGAUGUAUGUGGCCAGAGUGAGGUCUGUGGGCCCAAUUCCAACUGUACCAAUGUGCUGGGAGGACACACCUGUUCUUGCUUGCCUGGAUAUAAUUUCACUGAUUCAACUUGUGAAAUCAGUCAAAGUAACCCAUGUUCAGACUUAGAUGAAUGUCUUCAAACACCGUCAGUCUGUGGUCCAAACUCAGUCUGCAACAACACCAUUGGAGACUACAGCUGCUCGUGCUUGAGUGGAUAUAAUGUCAGUGAUCCAAGUGUGCGAAGUAGUGCUAACAAUUCCUGUACAGACAUAAAUGAAUGUGAUGAUAUACCAAACGUAUGUGGACCCAACUCCAACUGCACCAACACCAAUGGAAGCUACAACUGUUCCUGCCUGAGUGGAUAUCGGGAGACCAAUGUUAAUCAAACCAUAAGUGCCAGCAAUCAGUGCACAGAUGUGGAUGAAUGCCUUGAGACCCCACCAGUCUGUGGUCCAAACUCAGUCUGCAACAACACCGUUGGCGACUACAACUGUACAUGCUUGAGUGGCUAUAAUGUGACUGAUCUAAGUGUGCGGAGUAAUGCUGACAAUCCCUGUACAGACAUAAACGAAUGUGUUGUGAUUCCAAACAUUUGUGGCCCCAACUCAAACUGUGCCAAUACCAAUGGAAGUCUUAACUGUUCCUGCUUGACUGGAUAUCAAGUGGCCAACCCAAAUCAAUCCAUAAGUGAUAGCAAUCAGUGCACAGAUGUGGAUGAAUGCCUUCAGACACCGUCAGUCUGUGGUCCAAACUCAGUCUGCAACAACACCAUUGGAGACUACAGCUGCUCGUGCUUGAGUGGAUAUAAUGUCAGUGAUCCAAGUGUGCGAAGUAGUGCUAACAAUUCCUGUACAGACAUAAAUGAAUGUGAUGAUAUACCAAACGUAUGUGGACCCAACUCCAACUGCACCAACACCAAUGGAAGUCAUAACUGUUCCUGCUUGACUGGAUAUCAAGUGGCCAACCCAAAUCAAUCCAUAAGUGAUAGCAAUCAGUGCACAGAUGUGGAUGAAUGCCUUCAGACACCGUCAGUCUGUGGUCCAAACUCAGUCUGCAACAACACCAUUGGAGACUACAGCUGCUCGUGCUUGAGUGGAUAUAAUGUCAGUGAUCCAAGUGUGCGAAGUAGUGCUAACAAUUCCUGUACAGACAUAAAUGAAUGUGAUGAUAUACCAAACGUAUGUGGACCCAACUCCAACUGCACCAACACCAAUGGAAGUCAUAACUGUUCCUGCUUGACUGGAUAUCAAGUGGCCAACCCAAAUCAAUCCAUAAGUGAUAGCAAUCAGUGCACAGAUGUGGAUGAAUGCCUUCAGACCCCACCAGUCUGUGGUCCAAACUCAGUCUGCAACAACACCAUUGGAGACUACAACUGUACAUGCUUGAGUGGAUAUAAUCUCACUGAUCCAAGUUUGAAGAGCAGUGAUGACAAUGCCUGUGCAGAUGUGAAUGAAUGUGACCAGUUACCAUCAAUCUGUGGUCCAAACUCAGUCUGCAACAACACCAUUGGAGACUACAACUGUACAUGCAUGAGUGGAUACAGUGUCAACAAUGAAGAUGUACCAAUAAGUGUUUACAAUCCCUGCACAGAUAUACAUGAAUGUAUGGAGACACCAAAUCUGUGCGGCCCCAACUCAAAUUGUACAAACAAAAAUGGAAGCUACAGCUGUUCAUGCUGGAGUGGAUAUCAAGUAACAAAUGCAAACCAUCCCAUAAGUGACAACAACCAAUGCAUUGACAUAAACGAAUGUGUUGUGAUUCCAAACAUUUGUGGCCCCAACUCAAACUGUGCCAAUACCAAUGGAAGUCUUAACUGUUCCUGCUUGACUGGAUAUCAAGUGGCCAACCCAAAUCAAUCCAUAAGUGAUAGCAAUCAGUGCACAGAUGUGGAUGAAUGCCUUCAGACACCGUCAGUCUGUGGUCCAAACUCAGUCUGCAACAACACCAUUGGAGACUACAGCUGCUCGUGCUUGAGUGGAUAUAAUGUCAGUGAUCCAAGUGUGCGAAGUAGUGCUAACAAUUCCUGUACAGACAUAAAUGAAUGUGAUGAUAUACCAAACGUAUGUGGACCCAACUCCAACUGCACCAACACCAAUGGAAGUCAUAACUGUUCCUGCUUGACUGGAUAUCAAGUGGCCAACCCAAAUCAAUCCAUAAGUGAUAGCAAUCAGUGCACAGAUGUGGAUGAAUGCCUUCAGACCCCACCAGUCUGUGGUCCAAACUCAGUCUGCAACAACACCAUUGGAGACUACAACUGUACAUGCUUGAGUGGAUAUAAUCUCACUGAUCCAAGUUUGAAGAGCAGUGAUGACAAUGCCUGUGCAGAUGUGAAUGAAUGUGACCAGUUACCAUCAAUCUGUGGUCCAAACUCAGUCUGCAACAACACCAUUGGAGACUACAACUGUACAUGCAUGAGUGGAUACAGUGUCAACAAUGAAGAUGUACCAAUAAGUGUUUACAAUCCCUGCACAGAUAUACAUGAAUGUAUGGAGACACCAAAUCUGUGCGGCCCCAACUCAAAUUGUACAAACAAAAAUGGAAGCUACAGCUGUUCAUGCUGGAGUGGAUAUCAAGUAACAAAUGCAAACCAUCCCAUAAGUGACAACAACCAAUGCAUUGAUGUGAAUGAAUGUGUUGAGACUCCAAACGUAUGUGGGCCCAACUCAAACUGUACCAAUAACAUUGGAAGCUACAGCUGUUUCUGCCUGAUCGGAUAUCAAGUGACCAAUGCAAACCAAACCAUAAGUGUCAGCAAUCAGUGCACAGAUAUCAAUGAGUGUCUUCAGACUCCCUCAAUCUGUGGACCAUUCUCUGUCUGCAAUAACACAGUUGGCCAUUACACCUGCUCAUGUCUUAGUGGUUACACUGUCAACAAUGCAGAUCCACUAAUCACUGUUGACAAUCCCUGCACAGUCAUAACAACACCAGCUCCUACAACAACAACAGCAACAACAACAACACCAGCUCUU